GCUAUUUCUCUCUCCAGUCCGUGCGCACACAGCUGGAAAGCGCACCGGAGACGCGCAGGACGAGACGCUCGUUUACAGGCAACGCGCAGGACUGAGGUCUUUAAAAUAGCUCCAAACAUGCCGGAUCACAAGAGACAAAGAGACUUAUUUCGGAUUUUACUCGCUUUAUUAUUGUGUUUUUUCCAACAAAUGCCUGGUACAUGUGCUCUACACCCUCUGCAGCUCCAUCCACCAAGCAUUGUGGUGAAAUUUGGGAGCCCUGUAUCGGCGAACUGCAGCACAGAUGCCCCAUCUAACAGCAUAGGCUGGGAAAUAUCUCAGGGACAAGUGACAAAAGUGGAAAAUAAGUUUGCUACUUGGACUUUGCAGAAGCUUACACAUUGGGACAUAAAGCCAAUGUGCUACAUCAAUCUCGAAAAUGGUGGGCAAUAUGACCGGAAUCUCAAUAUUACUAUAUACAAGCCUCCAGACUGGGUUUCCAUCAGCACCGUGAAUCACACAGGGCCAAUGAUUGAAGGCACAGAGUACAAACUUCAGUGUAAAGUUCAGGAUGUUGCUCCUCUUAGACUACUCACUGUGACCUGGUACAAAGGACAACAGCUCGUAUACACUGACAGCUCUUUUCACAACAACAACAACAAUUUUCCAGAUAAUAUAACUUCGACGCUUCAGAUCUCUCCGCACAGAGACAAUGAUGGAGUCCAGUACAAAUGUGAAGCAGAACUGAAGCUGGGACCAUUAGGACCUCAGCCUCCUCCUGUAGCAUCAUCAGAUCCUCUCAACAUUACAGUAUAUUAUGGACCCGAGUUUUCAAACUGCCCUGAAAUUGUGUGGCUGAAGGAGGGACAGAGUCUGGCAGGCUACUGUAAUGUCACAGGAAGACCAUUUCCUCAUUCUCACUGGGAAAGGGAGGGGUCUGCCAUUAACCCUGCCAUGCCACUUAAUAGGACCUCAUCAGGAAUGUACGAAAUCAUCACCAACAGGAAUGCUACAAAGUCCAUGAAGGUGGAAGUGAUGUAUGGACCAGAAAUUUCAUGUGGACACAAUUAUACAGUCACAGAGGGUGAAUCUUUCAUACCCAACUGCACAGUUGUGGGUCAUCCAUCUUUUCGAAUGAUUUGGUAUAAAGAUGGAGAAGAAGCAGAAAUGCCACGAACAAUGUACAGGACUCAUGCAGGGCAAUACAACCUAACAGCAUUCAACAACAACAGCAACACUUAUCACACACUGGAGAUUGAUGUCAGGUAUCCACCCUCUGAGAUUUCAGAGCUGCAGGAUGCAUCGGUAUCUAUUGGUCAAUAUGUGGUGCUCAAGUGCUCUUCGAAUGCCAAUCCUUGGCCCACAUACAAAUGGAUCUACCAUCAGGCACCUAAUGUACGUAUCGAGGACCAAGAUGGCGUGUCUCUGCUGCACAUAAACCAGACUGGUGGAGACAACAUUGGCACAUACACAUGUAUUGCCUUCAAUGAGCUGGGAAAAAAGAGCCGAAAAGUCAGAGUUGAUGUUCAAGGUGCAAAGGCUACGUGUCCACUUUCUCUCCGCCCGCAAUUUAUAGAGUUGGAGAAAGGCGGAACUGUCAACGUGACAUGUGAUUCAUCUGCGUCUACUGAAAACUUGAGCUGGAAAAUUUCAAACAAUGUGUAUAAUGUGAGCACUUUGUUAAUGAACUCGACCUUGUUGAUAGAAGUCUUGGGCUGGAAUGGAAAAGCAUCGUGCCAUGGACAGUUUGUGGGACUUGAUGAUUGUCAAAAAGACUUAAAUAUUACCAUUUACAAGUGUCCAGACCAGGUGUCCAUCAGGACCUUGGGUCUCGCAGAGGCAGAGCCGAUGAAGGAAGGCAAUAGUUAUACACUCCUGUGUGAUAUUCAGAAUGUUGCUCCUGUUCAGUUCCUCACGGUGAACUGGUACAACGGACAAAAUUUAGUGAAAAGUGAAAGAUUUGAUGAGAAGAACCCAGCGAAUAUAACUACAAUGCUCAAGAUCUCGCCAAACAGAAACGAUACGGAAAUCCAGCUCAGUUGUGAAGCAGAGCUGAAACUGGGACAAAAACUUAUACAAGUGAAAUCAGAGCCUCUCAACAGAACUGUUCAUUCCAUACCAGUUAUAAAAGAAAAAUUGCCGCGGCAGGUUCCAGUGUUUCGCGGCUAUCCGCAGACCCUCAUUUGUGAGGCCAGUGGGUAUCCAGAGCCUACUAUCACAUGGAUCUUCAACAACAAUAGAAUAGAAGGUGGAAACCUGAUAGUAGAAGAGGCCUCUGGCAAAUAUACCUGCAUCGCAAGCAAUUCUCUUGGGAAUGACACCAGAGAGGUCAAUGUAGUCCUGGAAGAGGAUUACCUGCCCCUGAUCGCAGGUUUUGUUGCGCUCGUGGUGGUGAUCAUCUCCGUCUUCUUCAUCAGUAUCUACUCCAUCUACUACAAAAACACCAAGAUGGGCCACUACACCGUCGAGGGCGCCAAGCCCAAAGCUCAAAAUGGCAACAUAGCACAGAAUGGCAAGGACAGCACGAUUCCCAUGAAGAAAAUCAUGGUGUAGGAUGUGCUUUUAGUUCUUUUGUUUGCAACUAUACAGAUUUCUGGCACUCAGCAUGAUCUGUGAUGGAUCAGUUCCAGUGAGCCUACAGUGGAGCAACAGUACACUGGGAUAACGGAUACCUACAGGAGCGCUGGACCUCAUUGGGAGUAUAGCUAGCUCAUUUGGAUUCCUGCUCACUUUAUCCCACCUAAUAUUCAUCUGCCAUACAUAUCAAGCCUACAAUCUCCAUUUAUUAAUUCAGUUCAUCUCACACCAUGAGGGAUCUUGUGCUGUGUCAGAGGAGCCCAUGUUAAACUACUCUUUACUGUGUCAAUAAUAAUAAUAACUUGAUAGAGACUGUGACUAAAGUCACAGUAAUUUUCACUAGCUGUUACAAACCAGGUCAUCUUGUCACCGUACCCUAUAGAUCUGGAACAGUAAGAGAUAGAGAAUGACGCUUAGUGAGGAAAAGUUGUGCUCUGUCGCCCUGAACAAAAUAAAAAAAAACUGAUGGGAAAAAUCAUGAAAAUUGAGAGAGUUAUAAGUGAUUGAAAAAAAUCCCGUUUUUCAUGGAUCAUUUUGGUUUGGUGAUACAGAUCAGCACCAAAAGUCAGAGCAACGUAAUUCAUCCCAGAGGUAUUCUUCAUGGGAAAUUUGGUGAUGAUUGGUUGAAAACUGAGGGAGAAAUAGCAUCCUAAAAAAAAAGACAUCAGGAGAAUAAUAAGAAGAAGAAGAAAGAUAGAUAGAGAAUGUGACUAAAGUCACAGUAACUUGCCUUGCUACCUUUGUCAACUGAAGGUCAAGAAAAAGUUGCGCCCUGCUGCCCUGAACAAAAAAAGAAAAAAAAAGUGAUUGAAAAAAAUUAUGAAAAUUGACAGUUAUAAGUGAUUGAAAAAAAUCCCAUUUUUCAUGGAUCAUUCGGGUUCGGUGAUCCAGAUCAGCACCAAAAGUCACAGCAACAUAAUUCAGCUUCAUGUGAAAUUUGGUGGUGAUUGAUUGAAAACUGAGGGAGAAAUAGCGUCCUAAAAAAGUUAUGAGAAUAAUAAUAAUAAGAAGAAGAAAGUAGAAAGAUCCUGAGUGAGAGUCACAAUUUGCACCAGCGCUGCUAGUGUAAAAUAAUAAUAAUAAUUUCUAUAGCGCCUUUCACAAUCUCAAGGUUGCUUUACAGGAGGAAAAAAGACUAAGCAGAUUUGAAAGUAGAGAAAGAAGCGCAGUCAUGGAGAAAUUGAGGAAGAGAAGUCCAGAGUUUGGGGCAAUGGUGCUGAAGAACCUGCACCCCCCAUGGUGCAAAAUCUGGUGCAUGGGACAAGAAGUAAAUUAUUGCUAGAGGACUUUAAAGCUGUACUGCCUUUCAGAUUUUCAAGUGUAGGUCAUAAAAAUCAUUUUCUCUGACACCUAGUUAUUUUUGUUUAGUGGACCGAAGGCUACUGAAUUCGAAUCACAGACUUUCAAUUUUAUUAGUUUUUUUCACAAAACAAUUAAUGACUUUAGAGCCACAUGGUCCUAAAUUCUCUGCUAUUUUUUCCUGCUUUACCAUGACCCAAUUCAAGAUACUAUGUCAUGCAUCACGUGGUGGGCUUUCCCCGUUCACGCAAGGCAUUGUGGGAUACAAAUUUGAAACAGGAGAGAAAAAUGGAGGACAUGAGUGUGCGAAUGAACCGUGAAAGCCCGACUACAGUAACGGAAAGAGAGAAGAAAAGACGUUACGUUAUAUAUGAAGGAAAGGAAAGGCAGGACCAAACUAAUAAAUAUCGGCGGUAAUAAAUAUCGAUCGGUGUGAUCAGCUGUUCAUUUAGCGACAGAAUGAUGUACGAUCAAGGUAAACCUGUAGAUGGCAGUAAUGCAACACUGUGGAUGCCAGCUGCCGUAAAAUCCAAAAGAAGAAGACGAAGGUAAACCUGUGCAUGCGCAAGCGCACACAGGGACUUCCUCUGUCUGCUUGACUGCACGAAGCGAGCGAUUUCAUGCACGUUAUUUGCUUUAAUCCCUUCAAAUUAAAUAACUUCCUAGCCACAGAAUGGCCUGUUUUUUUGUGAGAUAUUACAGAAGUAAACAUGUAUCACAACGACCAAAUUUCCUAGGGAAUUAAAUUUCACUGAUUUUAUGAAAUCGAAAGGACAUCUAGCUUUAAUGAGUGAGUGAGUGAGUGAGUGAGUGAGUGAGUGAGUGAGUGAGGGUGUAGAGGGUCAGUCAUUCCCUAAAGUAGAUCAGAGCAAGAUUAUACAGGGCUUUGAAAGAGAUGAGCAAGAUUUUAAAUUUAAUACAGGACAGAACUGGUGUCCUAGGGAAAUAAUAAAGAACUACUGUGGGUUUUGAAGCCAGUAUCUAGAAGACCUAUUCGGUCAUCUACUCAGAGACUUUUUAAUUUUGCUUUUAUUAGUUGCUCUGAAAUUAUGUGUGCUAAUGCAAACCGCUAGAUCGCAGCACUGCUGAACUGUGUACCGUGCACUAACUUUAAUGCAGUGAUGAAUGCUUCUGGGGUUCUUUUUGUGAGGUACCUCCUAUUAAAACACAGUGCCUUAGAAAACACACUGAUCAUUUUAACGAUAUCUAAAAAGCAUAUUUAUUCCCAGAAAUUGUACAUUUACAGACACUGAAUUGUAUUAAAUUCUUGAUGUGUGUGUGUGUGUGUGUGUGUGUGUGUGUGUGUGUGUGUAGAUACUGUAUGUAAAAUAUCAUUUCAAUUAUAAAUCUCUGAAACAAAACUGCACUCGGGACAAACGUCUCGUGUAACUGCAGGAAAGUGUUAUUUCUGUCAGUGUUAAAGUGCUAGGAAUGGCGCUGGAAAUGCUUUAUUACUGACUGUUUAAACAGAAGAAAGGAGAUAAGCUGAUUGAGCCCAGACUUACUCAAAGCAUUUCCCUCCUGCUUUUGUGUUAACAUACUCUGUGUACAUGACAAUCAUGCCUUCUAUGCCAGCACUGUUUCGUUCUGUUUAACUAGAUCUGUAUAUCAUGCUUCUUCAGUGUUUUUUUUCUGUUUGUAAAUGCUUUUAUCGAGAGAUUAAAUAUUAAUCUUUUUAUAUAAUAA